GCGGCGGCGGCGGCAGCGGCGGGGGUGGAGGAGCUAGGCCGGGCCGGGCCGGCAGGAAAGCGCGGGGAGGCGCGGCGGGAGCCGGCUGGCGGAGGCCAUGAGCGGGCGGCGGGGCUCGGAGAACCCGGGCAGCAGCGGCGAUGUUUUUCUUCCUGACCCCCAUGUGCCAGCGGUAACUUUCCUCCAAGAACUGCCCAGUUACCAGUCUAUGCGGAGAAGAAGAUUAGUAACCGGAAACGUAGGCAACUUCCGCAGUUUAGCGCGAUCGGCUUCUGGAGAGACCAGGAAUCUCAUCCAAGGAACGGAAUCAAGAAAUGUCAACCCGGAACGUCCACUGAGGGAAUGUGCCUUGCCAAUCGCGGAGAAGAGACGUUUAAGGGAGCUUGAGGAAAAACACAUCCAAGCCCAGUCAAGGUGGAAUCAAUGGAAGAAAGCAACUAAUAAAUCACUAAAAAGAAUUAUGGAGAAUAUCAAAGAAUUAAUCUCUUAUCUGGAAUUGUGGAGAUACGACAUCCAUAGCAUUGAGGAGAAAUUUGGCACUGGGAUCAAGUCCUACUUCUCUUUCUUGCGCUUCCUGGUGGUGUUAAAUGUUGUCAUUUUCCUUCUCCAGUUCAGCUUUAUCACCCUUCCCACUGCUCUCGUUAGACACGGAGUUGUUAAUGGCAGCUACGUGAAAGUUCUCCCAGAAACAGAUCCAGAGUGCACCGUUUAUGCAAUCAGCAACACCAAGGGACUGGUCUACUUCUACAGUUAUAUUAUAGAUCUGCUAUCUGGCACAGGUUUUCUUGAAAUGACAAGCCUCUUUUAUGGCUACUACUCCGUGGACAACGUCCCUUUGGGUCUGCUGGAAUACCACGUGCCCCUGGCGUAUUUGCUGAUCACGCUGGCUUACCUUUCGGUCAGCUUUGUCUGGAUUAUCAAACGCUCGGUGGAAGGUUUUAAGCGAAGCUUGAUAUACAACGAAGAUCCGUUUCAGAGCUACUGUAAUAAAAUUCUGGCUGGCUGGGAUUUCUGCAUUACAGAUGUAAACGCCGCGCGGCUGAAACACAGCAGUUUACUUUAUGAACUUAGAGCAGAUCUGCAAGAUGAAAGAUCAAGGCAGAGGGCAGCAGGCAGAGGCCUCAAAGAGAAAAUGCGUAUUUAUUCUUUGAGGAUCUUCUUAAACUGUGUCGUUUUAGCUGUCCUGGCAGCUUGCUUUUAUUCCAUCUAUAGAGUAACUGUCUAUUCACAAGAACACGCUUUCCCCGAAAAGAAGGUCAAAUUGGACGACCUCUUUGUGCAGUAUUUACCGUCUAUGGUGAUCACGCUCGCCAACUUUUUUGCCCCGCUGAUUUUUUCAUUUCUCAUCAAAUACGAAGACUAUUCGCCCGUCUUUGAGAUAUGGUUAACUCUGAUCAGGUGUGUCUUUGUACGCUUGGCCAACAUCGUCGUCCUUUUGUUUUCGCUGUGGACUCGGAUCACGUCCUGUGCUGACAAGUGCAAGAUGUGUGGAUAUAAUUACAGCCUUUAUCCAUGCUGGGAAUCUCGAGUUGGCCAGGAAAUGUAUAAACUGAUGAUCUUUGACUUGAUCAUCAUCUGUGCUAUUAUAGUCUUCAUUGACUUUCCUAGGAAGUUAAUUGUUACCCAUUGUCCCGUCAAGGCCUUCCAGUGGCCUGGGCUGCAGGACUUUGCCAUCCCGGACAACGUCUUGGAAAUAGUUUAUGGACAAACCAUCUGCUGGAUCGGAACCUUCUACUGCCCUCUCCUCCCAGCAAUUGCAGCCGUAAAAUAUUUCAUUGUCUUUUACGUUAAAAAGCUAAGCUUGAUGCACACCUGUAAACCUUCAGCUCGGCCUUUUAGAGCCUCCAGUUCCAACUUCUUCUUCUUGGUGGUGCUCCUGAUUGGUCUCCUUUUGGCAUUCAUUCCUCUGGGACUCAGCAUGACACGCAUCCCUUCCUCUAAAGCCUGCGGACCUUUCAUGAAUUUCAACCGAUCGUGGGACGUUAUUGGGCACACCAUCCAGAAAUUCCCCCUCAUGUUGCAAAGAAUCCUGAACGGCAUUUCUUCUGAGACUUUCGCCGUGCCUUUCUUCAUGGUAACCUGCUUUAUUGUGUUUUGUUUCGUUGCCUUGGCUGGCGCACACAAAAGAGUGAUUAAUCAACUGAGGGAACAAUUAGCUACGGAGAGUCGGGACAAGCUGUUCCUGAUCCAGCAAUUGACUAAAGCUCAGAUGCUUCACUGGGAUAACAUUUUCAAUCCCCUCGAAGGGAACGUUAAGUCCAAGCAAGGAGGUGCUGGUUUCACCAAAUAACUGGAGUCUCCAUCAUCGCAAACUGGGAUGGACACGUUCAGUUUGCUGUAGAUGGAGGAUUGUCUGCAGCGCUGUCUUCAGUUACGUUAAGAGUGCCCGACUGCUGUGAUAGCACCACACAAGAGUAACAACAAACUCUUCCCAAAAAAGAGGGGGGGGGAGUCAUGGGAGAAGAUGAUGAACCACUGUGACUUACAUUGAUGUGUACAGCAUCAGGACACAAGUGUAAUAUUGAGUGUCUCUUAAACUGUAGAGGUGGUCCUUGAUUUGGGAAACCUGCCUGUUCUAGGUUCCUGUGGACUCCCCCAAAAGUAGUUACAACCCAGUUGUGAAAUUCCCACAGCCCCCCAUCCCCAGGUCACGUGAGCACAAUCCAGGCACUUGGCAAGCCAGCCUGCAUUUACGGCCGUUUGCAGUGUCCUGAAGUCCCACGGCUGAUUUACCACGUUUUUGCCGAAAGCUGCUGUUUACUUGCAGGUGUUUUGGGGGGGGGGCAAAAACACCCCAUAGCAAACAAAGGGUUUGCUUAAUGACCUGAGUGAUUUGCUUAUCAACCUACCCAAAAAAAGAGGUAAAAUCAGAUCAGUCACAUGAUGACCUGCUUUAUAACUGUCACAACUUAUGACCGUAAUGGACAGGCUCCUUUGUAGUCGUCAAGUCAAGGACUACCUGUAUUUUGUUGGGACUUGGGAAGCAUCCCUUUUCUUUCUUUUCUUUUUUUUUAAAGUUUUAUUAUUAUUAUUUUUAACAGAGUUCAAUAAGAAUUAUUCAACAAAAGCGUGUUGUUCAAGCAUCUUACUCACUAAUGCAAAUUAAAUUCCUAAUCCCUACAUCUUUUCUCUAACCAUUGAUAAAAUAGGUCCCAAGUUUGAAAAUAUUCUGUUUCUUCUUUUUCUUUCAACCUUGAAGUAAGUCUGUCCAUUUCCGCACAGUCUAAUUGGGAAGGGUCUCUUUUCCGUCCCAGCCCCUGGCCUCUGGAAGAGCAUUCCCACCCCGUAUCCCGAGAACUUUCCCACUCCAGUGAUGUCCCCAAAGUCUUUGAAAACAUAGCUGCUUUCCCAUGCUUUGGGAGUACUUUGGGCAUUGAGCCCCGUGGCAUUUAAUUUGUUACAGGAAAAGUCAUUUUCAGAUUUAUGUCUGUGCUGUUUUACUGUUGGUUUUUUUAUUAUUAUUAUUGUUUGAUGGAGAUAAAGUUUUAUGGAGUUGGCUGAGGUUCUAAACCCAAUCAGUAAAGAAAGUCAAAAGUUCAGGGACUGCUGGGCAGCACUGAACAGUCACAGUUGUUGAGAUUUCCCAGCUGCCAGUCUCCAGAUCCCUGGCCUUGGGUGCAAACCACUUUGAUCAGUGCUCACAAAUCAGGGCUGCCGGCAGUCAGAAAACAGCCACAAAUCUUAAGGCAGAAAAGCUGAAAAUGUAAGGACAGCGGGGAUCCGAAAGCUUCGUCAGCGACUUGACCAGGUAACUUUUAUUAUAGAAUCAUAGAAAUCAUCCAGAUAGUCUUUGUUUUAGCAACUGCCUCAUUUAGCAACUGUUUGCAGUUAUGACAAUGAUGGAAAAAUAACUUUAUGACCAAUUCUCGCACUUAUGAUCCUCGCGGGUUGCAAAAGGAAAGCUGAAAUAAGCACAGUGGCAGCUUCACUUAGUGACUUGUCUCACUUAAUUACUGGUACCAAUUUGUGGUCACUAAAUGAGGACUCUAUACUUUAUUUGGGGGAGAGGACAAAACAUCUGGCGUAAUGUUAUAAACUUGAAAUGUCACAUCUGCAUUUGAGAACUGCACCUGUUAAGGGUAUGUUAAGACUGGCUCCUCAAUGUAUUUGUAAAACUAAGCAACGAUGUAAAUGCAAUAAAUAUACCAUGAAAUCUU